UUAGUUCGCGCGGGAGCCCAGUCCCAGGAAGAGGAGUCCGGGGACCGCCACGGGUCAGGUCGGGUGGCUCCCUCAUGGCUCCUGGAGGAAUAGGCUCAUCCUAGGCUCUGGGGCGUGCGCCGGCCGCUGAGCUCCGGAGCUGGCAGAGUGCACAGGCCGGCGGCCGUCGGGGCGCCUGCGGGCAGUGCGCUGGGCACCAUGCGCCCCAGCCUGUCCCCACUGCUGUUUCUCUCCUGCGCCGCGCACACUGCUGGAGCACUGACCCGACUGUGUGAUGUGCUGCGCGUGCUGCAUGAGGAACAGGACCAAUGUCUACAGGAGCUCUCCAGGGACGGGAAAGGGGAUUUGGGCCUGGAGCCACUAGAACCAGGCUGUGCAGGGCUAUGGGACAACAUGAGCUGCUGGCCCUCCUCCCCCUCAGGACAGACUGUGGAAGUGGAGUGCCCAAGGUUCCUGCGGAUGCUCACGAGCCGAAAUGGUUCCCUGUUCCGAAACUGCACGCAGGAUGGCUGGUCGGAAACCUUCCCCAGGCCUGACCUGGCCUGUGGGAUUAAUGUGAAUGACUCUUCUAAUGAGAACCGGCACGUGUUCCUGCUGAAGCUGAAAGUCAUGUACACCGUGGGCUACAGCUUCUCCCUCGUCAUGCUCCUGGUCGCCCUCAGCAUUCUGUGUGCUUUCCGGAGGCUCCACUGCACCCGCAAUUACAUCCACAUGCAUCUGUUCGUGUCCUUCAUCCUGCGUGCCCUGUCCAACUUCAUCAAAGAUGCUGUGCUCUUCUCCUCGGAUGAUAUCACCUACUGUGAUGCCCACAGGGUGGGCUGUAAGCUGGUCAUGAUCUUCUUCCAGUACUGUAUCAUGGCAAAUUAUGCCUGGCUGCUGGUGGAAGGCCUCUACCUUCACACGCUCCUCGUCACCUCUUUCUUCUCAGAAAGGAAGUACCUUCGGGGAUUCGUGGCCCUCGGAUGGGGUUCUCCAGCCAUUUUUGUGACUUUGUGGGCUAUCACCAGGCAUUUUCUGGAAGAUGUUGGGUGCUGGGACAUCAACACCAAUGCUUCCAUUUGGUGGGUCAUUCGAGGGCCUGUGAUCCUCUCCAUCCUGAUCAAUUUCAUCUUUUUUAUAAACAUUCUAAGAAUCCUGAUGAGAAAACUUAGAGCCCAAGAAACAGGAAAUGAAAUGAACCAUUACAAGCGCCUGGCCAAGUCCACCCUUCUGUUGAUCCCCCUCUUUGGGGUCCACUACAUCGUCUUUGCCUUCUCGCCUGAGAAUGCUAUGGAGGUCCAGCUGUUUUUCGAACUGGCCCUUGGCUCAUUCCAGGGGCUGGUGGUGGCCGUCCUCUACUGCUUCCUCAACGGGGAGGUAAGUGUCCUGGGAUGCCAGUGCGCUCCAGUGCGGAGCUGCUGGAGAGGGUUGGGGAGGGGGAGUCAAGGGUGGGAGAGCAGGCUGGCCUCAGGGCAUGGCCUGACCAGUCUCCCAAGAGUCUGGGGCUCAGUAGGAACAGCAGGUUCAUCCGGAGGGUGUGUUAACACUUGCCUGGCUCUGUCCCCAGUUCUGAUUUAGUAAAAAUGGAUUAUGUAGGUCUGGGCAGGGGCGGGACUAAAUGUUUCAACAAACACACCUGGUGAUUCUGAUCUGUGGGUAAGUCCAAGAAACACAGGAUAAAGGUGCAGCCCCCUCAAGCAGAACCCAGGUUCCUGAUCAUUCUGCUGCUUGCUGGGUGGGUAAUCGGGGUCACUGCCCUCCCUGUCCUCAGUCUUCCCAUAAGUGCAAUGGGUGACUCAAAAAUGUCUGUGGCUCUAUCCUCCAAAUGAGUGCUGACUCCAUGGGGGCCUGUGCAGCUGUGUGGAUGACUCUGGUCAUGCACAGAGCAUCUGGAUCAGGAUGCCAGCCUGCAGACUCACGGAGGCUGGAUCUCCAGCACUGGUUGCAUAUGGUGUUACCCAGCAAAGCCUCUCUGGAGGUGUUGCCCCUCUAACUGGUUCACCACACUCGAAGGGGAGUGACCUCUGAUGUUUUCCAAAAAUCAGGCAUCAAGCCUGGCCUCAGAAGUAUAGUUGCCCCUUUGAGGUAAGGAUGGUAAAGAUGUCCAUGGAGCAACACCAUGGCUCUUGGAUGGGUUCUGAGCUAGGCUGGCUGUGUAAGAAUGACAGUCUAGUUAUCUCAGGGUAGAUCUGGAUGUGAAUUCUGCAGCUGGGGGGAUAAACCACAAGCCCUUUCCUGGGGACACCAUGUAAUGGGAUGGCAGGUGCAAGUGCCUUGGGGAUAAGGGGGUGGAAUGGUCAGGUGGAGUGGCCUAUGGGUGAGGGUGGGGACAGCAGGACCAGCUGGGUAGGAGUGGCGGGACAUGCACGGGGGCUCAGGGUGUGUGAGGCAAGUUCCAGGCACUGGCUGACCCUCCCUUCCCAGCUGAUGGGGUGUCUCUGGCAGGUGCAGCUGGAAAUUCAGAAGAAGUGGCGACAAUGGCACCUCCAGGAGUUCCCACUGCACCCCAUGGUCCUCAACUCCUCCUUCAGCAAUGGCACCAGUGACCCCACCCAUGGCACCAAGGCCACCAGCAAAGCCUGCCCUUCCGAGCAGAGCCGGGGCACCUGCAGG